AAGGAGAGCGGCGAGUGGGGGAGCUGAUCCCCCAAAAUCUUGGGGUGGGGGGAGCAGCUGAGGAAAGGAAUCGACGACGUAAAAGGGGACUUUUUUUUUUUUUUUUUGGUGGCGGUGGCUGUCGGGGCUUGGCGAACAUGAAGGAUGCGGGACGCGGCUCUGUCUUGGAGCCCAACGCAGCGGCUAAACUGCUUGUGCAGGAGAGAAGGAAGAACGAAAAUUUUUCUGGAUCUUAACACAAAUGUGUGUGUGUGUGCACCGAGGGAGCAUUGGAAAAUGAAAUAAAGCCGUGUCCCAGCUGCGGGGUUUGGUGUCUUCCGACCGAAGUAAAUAAUAAUAAAAUAGCUGGCCCCCACCUCCCCCGAAGGAUGAUUGCAAAUGGAGAAGCUCGGAUCCAUAAAGGAAAAGUAUGCUUAUUUUUCUCUGUAAAGGAAAAAGUACACCAAGGAGAUGUUUUUGGCGUGAAAAGUUUGGGGCUUUUUUUAGGAAAGUGAAAGACCUGAUAUGGUGUUGUUGUUUUUUUUCUUUUUGUGAAUUUCCCACAAGCGGAGAGGAAAUUAAUAAUACAUCUGCAAAGAAAUUUCAGAGAAGAAAAGUUGACCGCGGCAGAAUGAGGCAUUGAUGGGGGAGAGAAGGCGGCAGAGAACACUUGGAUUUGUGCGUAUGCCUUGACUAAAACUGACGGAUAAUUGCAGCUGGAUUUUUCUUCAUCAAUCUCCUUUUCCCCUCUUUUCUUUCUUCCUUUUUUUUUUUUUCUUUUUUCUUGUUUGGUGUCAAGAUCCUGCGUUUUCUCUUAUACGUAACCACCUGGAUUUCCAUGUGGAUGUUGCUGUGAGGGGUCUGAAAUGCAGCAAUGUGACCCAUCGGUGCAUCUGUCUACCAGAACUGAGGGUGUAGGACACAUUGUUCUUCAGAAGAAGCCUUGAUCAAUGCCAGCAGUCUCCCACACGGCCUAGGUUCACGUCCUGAGUAAUCUAACUUCCUGCCAUCCUACUCAUCUUUUGACAGUCUGAAUUCCAGAAGGACCAACACCAGAUAAAUUAUGAAUGUUGAACAAGAUGACCUUACAUCCACAGCAGAUAAUGAUAGGUCCUAGGUUUAACAGGGCCCUAUUUGACCCCCUGCUUGUGGUGCUCCUGGCUCUUCAACUUCUUGUGGUGGCUGGUCUGGUGCGGGCUCAAACCUGCCCUUCAGUGUGCUCCUGCAGCAACCAGUUCAGCAAGGUGAUUUGCGUCCGGAAAAACCUGCGUGAGGUUCCCGAUGGCAUCUCCACCAACACACGCCUGCUGAACCUUCAUGAAAACCAAAUCCAGAUCAUCAAAGUGAACAGCUUCAAGCACUUGAGGCACUUGGAAAUCCUUCAACUGAGUCGGAACCAUAUUAGAACUAUUGAAAUUGGGGCCUUCAAUGGUCUGGCCAACCUCAACACUCUGGAACUCUUUGACAAUCGUCUUACUACCAUCCCGAAUGGAGCUUUUGUAUAUUUGUCUAAACUGAAGGAGCUCUGGUUACGAAACAACCCCAUUGAAAGCAUCCCUUCUUAUGCUUUUAACAGAAUCCCUUCUUUGCGUCGACUGGACUUAGGAGAAUUGAAAAGGCUUUCGUACAUCUCAGAAGGUGCCUUUGAAGGUCUCUCCAACUUGAGGUAUUUGAACCUUGCCAUGUGCAACCUCCGAGAAAUCCCUAACCUCACACCACUUAUCAAACUGGAUGAGCUAGAUCUUUCUGGGAAUCAUUUGUCUGCAAUCAGGCCUGGCUCUUUUCAGGGGUUGAUGCACCUUCAAAAACUCUGGAUGAUACAGUCCCAGAUUCAAGUGAUUGAACGGAAUGCCUUUGAUAACCUUCAGUCCCUAGUGGAGAUCAACCUGGCUCACAACAAUUUAACAUUACUGCCUCAUGACCUCUUCACACCCUUGCAUCAUCUAGAGAGGAUACACUUACAUCACAACCCUUGGAACUGUAACUGUGACAUACUGUGGCUCAGCUGGUGGAUAAAAGACAUGGCUCCUUCCAACACAGCCUGUUGUGCCCGGUGCAACACUCCUCCCAGUCUGAAAGGGAGGUACAUUGGGGAGCUCGACCAGAAUUACUUCACAUGCUAUGCCCCAGUCAUUGUGGAGCCCCCUGCAGACCUCAAUGUCACUGAAGGCAUGGCGGCUGAGCUGAAAUGUCGCGCUUCCACAUCCCUGACAUCCGUAUCUUGGAUUACUCCAAAUGGGACAGUCAUGACACAUGGGGCUUACAAGGUACGGAUAGCUGUGCUCAGCGAUGGUACAUUAAAUUUCACGAAUGUAACCGUGCAAGAUACAGGCAUGUACACAUGUAUGGUGAGUAAUUCUGUUGGAAAUACUACCGCUUCGGCCACCCUGAAUGUUACUGCAGCAACCACUACUCCUUUCUCUUACUUUUCAACUGUCACAGUAGAGACUAUGGAACCUUCUCAGGAUGAAGCGCGGACCACAGAUAACAAUGUGGGCCCCACUCCAGUGAUCGACUGGGAGACCACCAAUGUGACCACCUCUCUCACGCCACAGAGCACAAGGUCAACCGAAAAGACAUUCACCAUCCCAGUGACUGAUAUAAACAGUGGCAUCCCAGGAAUCGAUGAGGUCAUGAAGACUACCAAAAUCAUCAUUGGGUGUUUUGUGGCCAUCACACUCAUGGCGGCAGUGAUGCUGGUCAUUUUCUAUAAGAUGAGGAAGCAGCACCAUCGGCAAAACCAUCAUGCUCCAACGAGGACUGUUGAAAUCAUCAACGUGGAUGAUGAGAUCACAGGGGACACGCCCAUGGAAAGCCACCUGCCCAUGCCUGCGAUAGAGCAUGAGCACCUAAAUCACUAUAACUCUUACAAAUCUCCCUUCAACCACACAACAACAGUUAACACAAUAAAUUCAAUACACAGUUCAGUGCAUGAACCGUUAUUGAUCCGAAUGAACUCGAAAGACAAUGUACAAGAGACUCAAAUCUAAAACAUUCACAGUUACAGAAAACAAACAAUCGAAAAGAAAAGACAGUUUGUUAAAAAUGACACAAAUGACUGGGCUAAAUCUACUGUUUCAAAAAAGUGUCUUUACAAAAAAAAGAAAAAAGAAAAGAAAUUUAUUUAUUAAAAAUUCUAUUGUGAUCUAAAGCAGACAAAAUUAUGUGUAUUCCUCAGAACCUGUUUUUGCUGCACUUAUUUACUAUUUUCCCACAUCUCGUCCCUCCCUUCCUUGAUUGCCAUAUUUUUCAUAGAUCUCAAUUCCCUAAAGAACUGGUCUAGGAAAUUUUGUAAGAAUUCUGUUACACUUUGAGAUUUUUAUGGUGAAUUCUAGUGGUGAGAUCCAGUCUAUUCUCUCCCUGUCCCUCUCUCCCUCUGCCCCUCUCUCCCUCUCUCUCUCUCCCUCUUUCCCUCUGCUUCUCCUUCUUUCCCAUGUCUGUCCUUUUCCUUUUUUCUUUUUCCCUCAUGCCCUUAUGUAGUCCAAUGGGGAAUGCAAUAUUAGAAAUAGAUUUUUAAGAAAGAAUGAGGAAAAUUGCAAGAUCUUAUAUUUUUCAUGUAAUGACCUGUUAUGUAUUUAUGAGGAGGACCAUUCUAUGGAAAGAAAAAAGCAAACAACAGAUUAAUUUACAUAUGAACAUCUAUAAAACCCAUGACUUUUAAACAACUCUAGAACCAGAAUUUGUAGUUCAAAAGCUUAAAAUACAAUUAUAAAUAAAAUAUUGUUGGUUUUUCUGUACCUGGACACAACUCAUUUGUAGUAUGGUAAUUAGAUCUCCUACAUUCUAAGAAAGAAAAUGCUACAGUAUUCUUUAUAGACACAGUGUCCCUCUCUACUGGGUUCUGCUUCACAAAUUGACUUCAGUAUCAGAUCAGUAUUAAAGGAUUCUGUGCUAUUUUCCCCUUCUUAUUAGGAUUAUCCUCUGUAGAAUGCACAGGUUGAAAAACAAUGACUUUGUCAAGUACAUUCAAUUCCACUUGGAAGUAAAUAUCCAUAUAAUUUACUUUCUGUUUUUGAAAUAAAAUUUCACUGGCUAGAUGAAAUGUGACCACAAAAGGUGAGAAUUUUCUAAAUACUCUAUAGUUGGAAAAGAAUGUUUGGUUCUGAGUGUUAGGAAUUUUAGUUCAACAAUAACUA